AUGGCAGGCCCCAAGAAGCCAGUCAACGUCUUCAAGUUGAAGAACCUCAAUGUUCCGCCCGAGGUCUUCAACUGGCGCCUAUGGUUUGCGGUACUCUCCUUCGCGCUCCUAGGCGCCGCCCGUGGUGUAGAUGAGGGUUUGAUCUCGGGCGCUUUCAACAGCAAAAACUUCCAAGACUCCAUCAGCUAUAAGUCCUACAGCACAGUCGAUCAAGCCAACAUCAAGGCUAAUGUCUCAGCCAUGGUGCAGAUUGGCUCUGUUGGUGGCUCGCUAUUUGCAUUUCUGGUCUGUGAUCGCAUAGGACGUAUCUGGGCUGUUAGGCAGCUUUGUGCCGUGUGGAUUUUGGGCAUUGGACUUUUCCUAGGUGCCAAUGGUAAUCUUGGAAUGAUCUACGCUGGAAGAUUUAUUGCAGGCUUGGGAGUCGGACAAACUCCUGUCGUCGGGCCCGUCUACAUUGCCGAGAUCGCGCCACCAGAGAUCCGAGGUCUCUGCACCUGCAUUUUCACCGGCUUCGUAUACCUGGGAAUCGUACUGGCCUAUUUCGCCAACUACGGCUGCCAGCUCAACAUGGGCGAUAACACGCCUGCUCGCUGGAUGGUCCCUACAUCUCUUCACAUCAUGUUUGCCACCAUCAUCUUCUUUUUGAGUUUUCUGCAGUACGAGUCACCCAGGUUCUUCAUCAAGCAAGGCAAGCACGAAGCCGCUCAGCACAACAUGGCGCGCUUGCGCAACCUCCCAGAGGACCACCCCUACGUGUUGAACGAGAUCGCGGCUAUUGAGAUGGCUCAUCAAGAGGAGAUGGAGGCAACCAAGGGCACAGGUCUCUGGGGCAUGCUGAAGGAGAUGUUUGCCGUCCCUAGCAACCUCUACCGUAUCUGGCUGGCCCUCAUGGCCCAGAUCAUGUCGCAAUGGUCGGGUGCCGGAUCUAUCACGCUAUACGCCCCGGAUCUCUUCAAGCUGCUUGGCAUCGCAGGCACAAAUGAGACACUUCUCGUUACCGCCGUCUUCGGCAUCAUCAAGCUUGUGGCUGCCGUCAUCUGCGCCCUGUUCCUCGUCGACGUGAUUGGCCGGAAGCGCUCCCUUCUCAUCGGUAUCAGCUUGCAAGCUGUUUCAAUGAUCUACGUUGCCAGCUUCCUCACUGCAGUACCUCAACUGACUGUUGAUGAUGCACACCAAAUGUCAAGCGCACAGCUGGGAGCCUCCAAGGGCGCAAUUGCCAUGAUAUACAUCAGCGGCUUCGGCUGGGCCUUGGGCUGGAACUCGAUGCAAUACCUCCUUACCUCGGAGCUGUUUCCUCUGAGGAUUCGAGCCCUGGCCACGUCUAUGGCCAUGACGUUCCACUUUGCCAACCAGUAUGGCAAUGCGCGCGCGUUACCCAACAUGCUCCUGCCCCUUGGAAAGGGUGGCAUCAACCCCAACGGAUCUUUCUGGACAUUUGCCAUAAUCACGAUUUUGGGCGGUUUCUGGGUCUGGUUCUUCGUCCCUGAGACGGCCGGCAGGUCGCUCGAGAGCAUGGACCGGCUGUUCGCACUGCCCUGGUACCGUAUCGGCCGCUACGGCAAUGCGGAUGCCGAGCAGCAGGAUGCGGCAUACCAGACUAAAGAAGAAGAGGCCGCCGCUUCUCGUGGUGAACACGUUGAGAAGUCGCAAAAGGUUGUUUGA